AUGCCUUUAAACACAUACAAAAAAGGAAGAAAGAAACCACCAGCUACCAGCUGGUCCUUCGCUGAACUUCUUGGCAUUGAUCUUUCUUGGAUAUUCCUCACAGAUGAGUUUAUGGAUUCACGAAGACUUAUUCAAGAUUGUGUAAUCCAAUAUAGAUUACAUGGGAAAAUAGAUUUGGUGCCAAGUAGAAAUCGAAUUGCCAUAUGUAAUGAAAUGAGAGAUAGACUAUGUUGGUGCUUUCCUAUUUGUAGAGUGUGUUUUAUGUUGACCAGCUGUGACGUUUGUGCCACCAGUUCUGCAUCACUGGCAGAGGGAAACCAGUUUGGAAAAUCUGGAGUUAUUAUCCAUGCCAGGAUCUUCAGAUUAACAAGCAUACAAGUUACUCUGGGAACAACUGUGGCGCCCUCGAGUAACAAGUUUCAAAGCACAUCAAAUGAUAAGGGGGAAACUGGGUUGAAAAAUCUGAAGGUAUUAUCUCAACCUAUGCUGGGAUUGAACCCUGGACCUUCAGGAAAUUAUAUACAUGUGUUCACUCCGUACAUGUAA